UGGCCGGGCUAUAGGCGGUCUCUGCGUCGGUCUGCUCACCCCACGUUACCUGUCUACCUUAGCAGCCCUUUUCACCCCGAAACCCGGGGGGGUUUGGGCCAUUCGACCACCAUUGGUAAUUUGGGUAUCCUCGUCUGUUUCCUGGUAGGCUCGUACGUCAACUGGUGGUGGCUAGCGUUCGUGGGGGCAAUUAUUCCCAUGAUCUUCAACUACCCUCAUGUGCUUCGUGCCCGAGACUCCUCGUUGGUACAAUCUCCAGAGAUCGCUUUAGAGGACGCUCAAGCCUCGCUAGAAUGGCUACGGGGAUCAGCCUCCGACGUCGACUUUGAACUCGACGCCAUCCAGCGGAACUACGAAAUCGCAAAGCAAGAAUCCUCCUCUCUGAAGGACUUGUUUAGACGCCAGUAUGCCAAACCCUUCUUGCUUGCCAUGGGCCCUAUGCUCUUCCAGCAGCUGUCUGGCAUCAACGCCGUCAUUUUCUACACCGUGUCGAUCUCAAGAUGUCAGGUUCUACCAUUAACAACUACCCCGUCGACCAUUAUCGUCGGCGUGGUGAACCUGAUCUCCACCUUCCUCGCCAACGUCCUUAUUGACCGACUUGGGGAAAGAUCUCUUGUACGUCUCAAAUGUCCUGAUCGUAUUGUUUACUUUGUCGCAUUGGGAACUUUCUUCUAUUCAAGGCUGACCCAAACCCCACUGUGCAACAUGAAUACUAAAUAA